AUGGGUGAACUUAGUAAUGCCCUCUAUUGUGAGCAUCACUUCAUUUUGGACCAGCUACCCAUACUCAAAAACUACCAGCAGUUCCUGGCCUUGAUGUUUGCUGUCAUGGAAGUGAACAAGGAUCCGCUUCUCCUCCACAACAUCACCCUUGGAUUCAACUUGUGUGACAAUUGGAAGAGGGAGAGGAAUAUUUUCAUAUGCAGCCUCUCUCUGCUGUCCACACGAGGUCAAAUGGUUCCAGGAUAUAAAUGUGACCGGGAGGACCCUCUGCUCUCCGUCAUUGGAGGUGACAAUCCCAAAUCCUCCAGGCAGAUGGCCUCCAUCUUCAGCCUCUUCAAGGUCCCACAGCUCGGUGUUGGCUUUGAGUUCACUCAAGGAGACAGAAGAGUUUAUCCUUCCUUCUUCCAGAAUAAUCCCCAGGAAUCUGCUCAGUAUGAGGGUUUAGUCCAGCUGCUCCUGCAUUUCAAGUGGAACUGGAUUGGGUUGGUGGCCAACCAAGAUGAUGGUGGGGAACGUUUUGUCUCAACCCUGAUACCAAAGCUGAAGGAGAAGGAGAUCUGCCUGGUCUUCACUGAAGUAAUAAAAUUUGAAUUUGACCAGGUUCACGAUCCAAUAUUGCAUCAUAUUUUAAACACCUUCUCUAAAGGUGAAGUGAUUAUAUUUUUUGGAGACUACAGUAGUAUUACAAAUGAACUGAUGGUUAUGUUUGCUAAUGAAACACAGAGAUAUACAUCAUUACUGAAAGUUUGGAUCUUUACAUCCUAUUGGAAACUUAAUGUGAUCAACUAUCAAUAUAUGUUGCCAUUUAUAAAGCCCUAUCAUGGAGCUUUUCAUUUUAGGGAUCACACCAGGGAACUCUCAGAAUUCAGCCAUUUUCUCAUAUCUUUAGACCCUUCCAACCCACGAGGGGACACGUUUCUCCCUCUCUGGUGGAAACUGAUCUUUGGCUGCUUGAUUUGCAAACCAGGAGAGAUCCUUCAAGAGUGGCAAAAACCAUGUACUGGAGAGGAGAAUGUACAGAGUCUGCCAACUCACAUUUUUGAAAUGAGCAUGACAGGUGAAAGUUACAACAUCUACAAUGCCAUUUAUGCUGUGGCACAUGCACUCCAGGCAACUCAUGGAUCAGGAGCACGACCAGCCAUGAUGAGGCUUGGAAAGAGGAUCUCAGAUGUCCAGACAUGGCAGUUUCUUCCCUAUUUGAGGAAUGUCCACUUCAACAACAAUGCUGGAGAUGAAAUCUACUUCACAGAAGAUGGACUGGGAUCUGCUCGUUAUGAUCUUCUCAACUGGGUUCUCCUCCCUAAUGAAUCUUUUGUCCCUGUGAAAGUUGGAAGAAUAGAUCCUGGGGCUCCUGCAGGACGUGAUUUCACUAUUAACUCGGAUGCGAUUGUCUGGGCAAAAAAGGCAGGAGAGAGGAAAAAUGUACCAGAGGGGGAGCAGGUUUGCUGCUACCAAUGUGACCCUUGUCCGGAAGGGACCAUUUCUAAUCAGACAGAUUCUGAAAGCUGUGAUUCCUGUCCAGAAGACCAAUACCCCAACAAGGAGAAGGACCACUGCAUUGCCAAGAAGAUCCACUUCCUUGCCUAUGAAGAUCCCUUGGGAUAUGCUUUAUCUUCUCUCGCUCUUUCUCUCUCAACAAUCUCAUUAGGAGUGCUGGCAAUUUUCCUUAAAUGUCACGAUACACCAAUUGUCAAGGCCAACAACCGGAAUCUUACUGACAUCCUUCUGGUCUCCCUUCUCCUCUGCUUCCUCUGCUCCUUCCUCUUCAUUGGGAGACCCAGAAAACUCACUUGUCUUUUCCGACAAUCUGCCUUUUCCAUUUUCUUUUCCCUUGCAGUUUCCUCUGUCUUGGCAAAAACUAUCAUGGUCGUUCUGGCCUUCAUGGCUACCAAACCAGGGAACCAGACAAAGAAAUUCUUAGGAAAACCAUUGACCAAUUCCAUUGUUAUAGCCUGUCCCCUGGUCCAAGCUGUUCUUUGUGCCACCUGGCUAGUAACCUCUCCCCCAUUUCCCAACUUGGACUUCCAUUCCUUGGUUGGAGAGGCCAUCUUGGAAUGUAACGAAGGCUCAGAUUUGAUGUUUUAUAUAGUUCUCGCCUACCUCGGUUUCCUGGCCCUUGUCAGUUUCUCUGUGGCCUUUCUGGCUAGGAAAUUGCCUGACAGCUUUAACGAAGCCAAGUUCAUAACUUUCAGCAUGCUGGUCUUUUGCAGUGUUUGGAUCAGCUUCCUCCCCACCUACCUGAGCACCAAAGGGAAGUCCAUGGUGGCCGUGGAGAUCUUCUCCAUUUUGGUCUCUGGGGCUGGUCUCUUGGCUUGUAUCUUUUUUCCCAAAUGCUACAUUAUCCUACUGAGGCCCCAUCUUAAUUGUAGAGAAAAUAUAAUGAGACACAAGAAUCUCUGA